ACACAGACAAAAAAGACCUAAACGGGAUCCGGCACCGCACAAGCCCCCAUGAGGAUCACCAAACUGAUCUAGAUAAACAGGGAAAACGAUGUUCAAAAGAAGUGGCCCAUCAUGAUCUCCUAAAUCUAAAGUUCUCGCAGGAUCUAAGGUGCUGGCAGCGAUCAUGAAGCCAAGAUCAUGGAGAUUUAGAGACGAUACUGUGCACUACGUGGUCUCUAGUUGAACUAGAGACAAUGUACACUAGCAAGCUGCCACUACUUUCACCUGAGACACAACUACGAAAGCACAACUCCACACGACCUUGAGCGUGAGCCACCUUUCAAUACGCCUCCUCCUUUCAAUACUACACCAAAAUUCAGCCUCUUGUAUUUUUCUAAAGAAUUCUUUGAAUUAUUUUUUGGUUUUUUUGAGACUCCUCAACCACCAAAAAAUGCCGGAACUUGUUGACAAGACUCCAGUUGUCGAGGCCCCGGUCGAGGCCGUCAAGCAGGAGCUGCCAGCUGAAGACGCCACUGCCGGCAACGAAAACAUCGUCCCGGGACCCGAACUCACCGUCGAGAUCAACGAGAAGAAGUUGAAGAAGGUGAAUAGAGUUUAGAUUUCGAAAAUUUUCCACUAGCGUAUGUUGUUGCGCAACGAACCUCCUCCUGGUCCAGGGAUCAUAUGAUCUCUUUAGUGGGCCCCUGAAAGAGCCUUAGCCUCAACGUACGUCGUGCCGAAACAAGAAUUAUAUUUCCUGAGCAAACUACAGACUCUCUGACAAUAAAAACUUCAUCAUCACGCACUACAACAAAAUGUUUUUUUUCAAAAAACAGAUCGUCAAAGAAGGUGGCAAGCGUGGUGUCGAAAUUGAGGGUGCUGCUGAUAUGGGAGGCUUGCAGUUUUUUUGCACCAUGAUCGAAGGUCCGGAGGGAGACUUGGAUAUGCUCGUCGAGUCCAUGAAAGCCAUGAACGCUAUCUCCGACCCGUCUGAAGAAGAGCGCAAGGGUAUGAUUUAGAUGCUUAGAAGAUUUAGAUUUAGAUUUUUUGAGAUUGAGGUUCGGAUAGGAUAUCCUUUAGAAUUUAGAUUUGUCCUCGGUAGUUCUCCUGGCUGUACUAUUGCAUUUAUCUAUCAAUCAAGAAACCAGGCCCCGCGAUCUCGGACUUCUUUUCCCUGAAAUAAAUGUAAAAAGGUGGUGCCGGCAAGUUGGGCAAGAUGAUUUUCACCUGCACUGACGAUAAGUUUUCCGCUGUCGCCUACGUCCCGAAGGACAAGGCUGAGGACUGCUCUGCCCACGAGUGGCUCUGCGAGGUGAUCAUGAACGUUGCCGAGUCCAAGGGCGUUGCGAAGGUCAAGUCUUUCGAAGGCAUCGACUCGAAGUACUGGGCUGCUGUCUGCAUCGAACUCGAUGGUGAGGCUGGCCUGUUCCCGAUCAAGAUGCGUGACCCGGCGAUCUCCCACGCCUAUGCCUUCCUGCGCAAGAAGGGCUUGUUCCCGGAGGACGAUGACGAAGAUGAUGACGAGUACGUCUUCGGUGAUGACGACUUCCCGUAAACGACCACGUCUAGUCUUUUGGUGAGAACUAGGAAUAUUCAGAAUGAUAUCGAAUAUUCACAGAAGAUGUUUUCAUGUUAUAUUGUUAUCUUCCGUUGCACUUAUUUUCAUGAAAUUGAACACGCAGAAUUGGUCGCCGUGGUCGUGCCAGCAUGACUGGGCACGUGAGCGUGGUGAUGGUCGACUACCCGUGGCUCGCAACCCGCCACGAAUUGUUCGGGCAUCAUGAUAUCAUUUAGAUUUAGGGUACUCACGUCUGAUGUAAAGCAAGACGUUCCAUUAAUAUACUUUUUACCGCCACAUAUUAUAGUGACGAAAUCAAAACCGGUUGUUGUAGUUGCAUAUCAGUAUCAAAUCUAAAGAUGAUAAAUCUUCACGAUACGCAUAUUUGUUCUAGAGUUGUUGUGCAUCAUGUGAUGCCGUUUCGCCCGGGAACCAUGCAAAGACGAUGCCCCGAAUCUCUGAUAUCGCGCUGCAAUCAUCUUCUAAAAACAGCUUUCUCCUUCUACGUCGUGUAUGGGGACGUCCCGUUCCCAGUCGCAUUGUUCGUCGCUUUGCUGUUCAUCCAUUGCUCACGAACUACAAAUGGGAUUUUUAGCAGAGUUUUCCCACUGCGAUCAACUGGGUCAUGUCCGCAAAUCUAAAUUUACUGACGAUGUCGAUGUCCCACUACGUUCCUGCCAUAUUAGCCCCUCGUUGCUGAAAUAAAUCUAAAUCCGUGACAGACCAUCCACAACUACCAGAUCGAAGCCCUUCGUCAAUAGUCCGCACUUUCUCCAUGAUGACACAAACAGAAAAACUAAUUAGAUGUCGGAACAAGGGUAGGAGCCGCGUUUUGCGGUUCCUUUGCCCUUAUCUCUGACGAACUAUUCGAGGCAUUUGUCUGAGAUUGGCGGUGCUGCAUUUUCUGGUCUACUUUUUUUGAGAAUGACCAAAGGAUCAUCUUGAGAAUGAGC